UUCUUACAAUGUUUUCCUCGUCGCAAGCAGUCCAUCUCAUAUUUCAAACCACAAAUCCUCAAUCCCUCUUUCCUUCUCUCCCUCUCUUCUAUAUAUAUAGCAUACAUCCGUAGAGAGAGAGUCAUAAUCCAUCCUAUCCAGAGAGAUAAGAGUCCUAAUCCAUAUAUAUCAUAUAGGAGUGGUAGCUCUUCAAUCCUAAUAGAAAUCUUUCUCAUCCUCAUCUUCAAACUAGAAAACCCUCCUUUCUUCAUACACCAUAUCUCUAUCCUCUUCCUACAUACAUCAAUACAUUUCAUCUUGUCUACUAGAUAGCUGCAUCAUCAUAGAUGAGCUCAGGUGGGAAGAGAGGAGGACAAUCGCCAAUUCUAUCGGAAGAUGUCCCAUGGCGGGCUUCCCCUUCUGGAAACCCUAUUCCCAAAAUUCACCAUUCCCCCAUCCUUCGCCUCCCCUCCAACCCUCAUUCCAAUUACGCCCUCGCCGUCAUGAAGCAUCCGGAUCCUAUCGGUGGCGGCCUAGCAAUGGAAGCUAAAUUGGAAGCAGCGGGACCCGAUUGCAUCGUGCCUGGGCAGGUUAUGCCGUUGAGGUUGCUUGGUUUGAAGGUAUGGCCUAUUGAUAUCAACAUGAAGUUUAUGGAACCUGUUGGACGAGAACUUAGGACCAUCGGAAAGUUCAUGGAUUCGGCUUUCAACCUCAUGAAUGCAUCAUUUACAGAUCGUUAGGUUCUCAUCCCUGGCUUAUCAAUAGAUCAGGCAACAAGGCGCAAGUAUACACAUAAACUUUAAGUUCUUGGAAUACUCAGUGUACUCAUGAUGAGCUUUAUCACAAGCAUUUUCUAAUUGCUUAGUAUUGAGAGUGCAUCGACACGGAGGACUAGCAAUGAUGUUGUCAUGUAACUGUAGUGCUGAAACCCAUAGAAUAACAGAGCCGAAAUCUUGCGGAUUGGGUGUUUGUGUUA